AUGAUUCCUCAAUAUGCUCAACGACAAACCGGAGGCGAAAUUGCCAUCUGGCUUCUAAUCACUGUCGGCGCACUUCUUAUACCCAUUAUUGUAAUCGCCAUUUGUUGUAUACGACGUCAAUAUGAAAACCAUAUUCCCCGUUCAGUUUUCGUAAGUUUAUUAUAUUCUUCUUCUUUUGAUUCUUACAAAAUAAGAAAAAGUUCAAACUUAAAAAAAAAAUUAUUUGAUAUUUUCUUUCUUAAAUAUUUCUACUGCACAAAAUUUAAAUAAACACAAUUGCUUGUCUUUUGCCUCUAUCUUGCUUUUUCUAAUUAACAAUUUUGUAUGUGAUUACUACUUCUUUUAUUCACUUGUGUUUUUUUUACACGAAAAACAAAAAAAUACUUCAUUCGUUCACAGCUGCUGGAAAACGAUUCCUGCUCGUCGUUCUCAAACUUCUCUUGAAAAAAUUACUAACCAUAAUGAACUACUAACCACUGAUUCGACUUCAUGGGUACAACGAGUUUGGGAUCUGUAUGUACGUUUUUUCUUGUCAAUUGGGAAUAAAAGAAUUAUAUAUGUUGAAAAA